AUGAAGAUACCAGUUACCAUCACCCGCAAGCAGCACUCAACAACGAUUUCGCUAGCCAAGAACACGCAAGGUCUGGUAAAAUCGGAAACGAUCAUUGUUGAACUACAGGGAGCGCUUGAAUCCUCGGCAAAAGAUCUAGAGACUGAUGACCCCCAGGCGGCGCUUGAAGGGGCUGAAAUCGGACUGAUAGACUUGGAGAAUCCGGCAAGUGCUCCAAUCUAUCUGAUCAAUCGCAUAAAAAUAGAUAUUAUGGAAAAGCCAAUCUUACGGAUCGGGAAUCACGAGCUCGAAGGAAAAUGUAUCAAGCUGGCCAAACCAUUGGUAGUCAUGCGAAGACAAGAACUAGCUAAGAAGAAGUAUCCAGGGAUCGAUGAAUCUGAUAAUUCAGCGGGAGGCACUAGGAAGACGAGCAACAAGUUUGACAUUGUGGAUAUUAUCGAACGGAAAUUGAUAUUCUCUAAAAGACCUCAACCCAUCGUCGCAAUUUAA